GAACCACCGAUCAUCUGAUUAGCGGACGAGCCAUGUCGUUAAAUGAAAAGUCAAGAAAUCACUAAAGUCAGUAGGCUUCAUCCUCUUGGGACCACGAAUAUAUGCACAAGAUUUCACGUCAGUCCAUCCAAUCAUGAGAUAUUUUAUUGGGGAGUCUCUUCCGAGCCUGGCUAGAAUAGAAGUAACAGUAAUUACCUGAAGCACGAUGCCUGUACUUUAUUAAUGUUUAACUGAAACCGCUACCGCCCCCAUAACCUCAACCUAAACCUGACUCUAACGCCACUAUCCACCUACGAACUACACGCACUUCCUGUCCUGGAAAAAUAUCUAAAAUAAUAAUUUUGACAGAGACGGAGUUUGAAGUUUCCACAUUAUUUUGCUUCACUGCCUCAUUUGAAGAGCAAGACAUGCUUUUAAAAAAGCAAUAAAGUGUACUGCGUCGAAUAUAAAACACAUUAUCAGUCACAAAUAACUGGAACUCCUUAUUUCAUGCAUAAUUUACAUUUCAUGCAACGAUUUUUAAUUCCAGAAACUUGUUCUCCCUUUGAAUUAUUUAGUAAUAUCACUCCGAUGGAAGUUUUAUGUCAGAUCAUAAUUAGAUUUUAUAGAGUCUGUGUGUUUCUCAAACUCCAAAACUGCUGAUGUAAACAAAGUUUAACAGCAUCAGAGGACAGUGAGACUUGAAUGUUGUUGUUCUGCAGGGUUAUUCCAGGUAUUACAAGAUGAUUUGGACUUUUAUCCUCAUGCUAAACGAUGAAUUAUGAUCAUUCAGAUGAUUAAACAUCAAGAAUAAAUCAUAUUCUGUGGACUUGACUGACUUUUACACCAGAAUUUACGAGUCACCGAAGUCCCCUGAGAGAGGAUGACUCAGGGAUGUACGCUCCUCCUCGUGUUUUCAAGAAACAAAAAUACAGUGAUACCUCGGUGCAAAGCUGGAAGGAUAAAUAAUGCUCUGGUAGGGAGCCAUUUGGAAGCAAAACAACGAAGCAGGGAGGGGGGUUGAGAGUGCCUGAGCGCCGGGCUAAAGCUCCUGCACUGAUCAGCGCUGCAUGAUGCAGACAACAGAGGAGAAAAGAGGAGGAGGAGGAGGAGAGGAAGGAGGAGCGAGCGGGGGAACAGACUGGCUGAGGCUCGGAGCUCUCAGUCUCUCCUCUGUGCUUCGAGAAGCAGCUUCUCUCUGCUUUUCUCUCUCUCUCUCUCUCUCUCUCUCUCCCUCUCCCUCGCACACACCGGCUUUCCGACUCUUUCGCCUGAGCUGAAGAGCAAACGCAGCAGCUGAGGGGCUCGCUCGCUCCAACUCCUCCCGCACCAUGCUGCCCUGGAGAAGGAAUAAGUUUGUUCUGGUGGAGGAUGAAGCCAAGAGUAAACCCAAGAGCCUGGGGACCGGGCUGACCUAUCACUCCAUCCUCUCCUCUUUGCUGCGCUCUUGUCCUGACUUGCUGCCCGACUGCCCCUUCGACUGGGUGGGCAGCAUCUUCCACACCAAACGACAAAAGGUGGAACUGAACAAAGAGGAGCCUGUUUACAAUGUGCGCUACCUGGGGAGUGUGGUCACCAUCACAGCGAAGGGAGACGGCUGCACUCAGGAGGCGGUGGCCAAGAUCUGGGCGAGGAGCAACUACGGGGAGCAGAGUGUCAAGAUGAGGUUAUCGGUGGGGCCGCAAGGCAUCCGGAUGAGUGCUGACAAAUCUGGGAAAAAGAAACCCAUCCAUCUUUACUCCCUGAACAGGAUCACCUACUGCAACGCCGACCCGUGCCGGCCCAAGAUCCUGGCAUGGAUCUACAGGCACCAGGUCAAGAACAUGGCCGUGGUGCUCCGGUGUCACGCCGUCCUGGUUAGCAAGUCGGAGAAGGCCCAGGCCAUCGCCCACAGCCUCUACCAGAACGCCACCUCCGCCUUCAGCGAGUUCAAGCGUCUGAAGCGUCAGAGCGAUUUCCGGCACUGCCAGCAGCAGCUGCUGGGCGAGGAGGCGGUGCCCCUGAUGCCACUGAGGAGGCUGCUGAACGGGCAGUGCCACUACAGACCGCCUGCUGACAACCCGGGGAGCGCCACUCGCCUCUGCUCCAUCACCGAGGAAGAGGAGGAGGAGGAGGAGGGGGAGGAGGAAAGCAAAGAUGAGAAGCAGGAGGUCGAGGAACGACAGAAGGUUUUCACAACAAACACAGACCCAACUCAGUUACUGUCAGAGUUGGACAUUGGGGAUAUUGCCAGACUGGAGCAAUGCCAAAUCAACUUUGUCAGUGACAGCAACAACAACACGUUUACAUUCAUCACCUCUCUGGUGUGACAGUAAUUCCUGCAGCACUACAGUAACACAUUCCUCUCUUUGCCCUUCACUUGGUGGUACCCCCCUCUCAGGCUCCCUGUUUGCCCCGUCCAUGUAAUGUGAAGAAGUGUUUACCAGAAACUUCUCCGAGCACCAGGGGGGGUCGGCAGAGGAGAAAAGAAGGCAGAAGAUCGGUUCUGUGGGAGUUAUUUUUUUGUCUAUUCUGGCCCAGAUGGCGGUUCUGACUGUAGCAGUUCAGGGAAGCUGCGUGUUUACAAAAGACGAGCUGGUGAUGCACAGACUAACGAUAGCACAAUGACGAAUGACGCUGAGAUCACUGACACGCGGGUCACGUAUUGAUCACAGCGCCGAGCUGGGAUUGUUGUUUAUAUAAGUCUUGUUGUUUUUGCCGUGUUUGCCAGCAGGGACA